AUGGCUGUUUCUCCGCGCGCAAAGCGAUCGAAACUCGACGAACGACCAGCGGUGGCGCGCCGAGCCCUCGAUAGCCAGCCCGCUACGCCGGAGAUUCGUUACGGAGAUUUAGACGCGCUACCCGCCGACGUGUGGCUGCGCAUCGCCAACAAGGUCGCGGCGGAGAGAGAGGAGUGCUGCUGCUCGUGGCCCCUCGUGCCGAGCGCCAUCGCGAUGCCGUGCAUUCGACGCGCUCUAUCCGCGGACGUGCAUCUCGUGUUCUACGAAGACUGCCAGUGCGCGCCCUCCGCCGUCUCCCUCGAUCAACGAUUCCGCAGCUUCGCAUGGCUGACCAAGCAGCACACAAGCCCCUCGGAGUUUCACCUCUCUCUCACUGAAUCGCCUCCCCGCCUCGUCUCCUCCCUCAUGCGCUCCUGCCUGUUUUCUUCCCUCUCCUCCAUCAUGUCCCUCGAUCUUUACUUCUCCCGAAGCCUCCCCUCGCCACCACGACUUCUAUUCUCCCUAUCGCAAGCGCCUCGCCUCGAGUCGCUUCUUAUCACGCACGGCGUUGCAUCGGACAGCGAGCGCGACAUACCGCGGCAACCCGUCAAUGAUCCCGUGAUGGUUGCUGAAAUGUGGGAGAUAAUUUCGAUCAUGGAAGAACAGAAGCCGAAUGACAAGGGCAGGUCGUUUCCCGUGCUGCGCCGCCUCAGUCUCGACCUCCCCGCCUGCUCGCCCCUCGUGCUCCGCUUCGUCUCCUGUCUCUCUUCACAGCUUCAGUACCUCGCUCUCGGCGCUGCGGAUCAAUUCGCGCCUCAGGAGGGAAGCGAGGGUGCUGGAAGCGGUGCGGGCACGGAAGGGCCGACGGGGAGUGAGAGGGACAUAGACAUGGACGGGCGAAACUCCUUCUCUCUCCACCUCCCGCUUGCCACGAGGGUCAUACUCGAAGGGAUUAACUGCUCCAUUUCUCUCUCCGCCCCUUGUCUCUCCGCCCACGGCUUCCUCUGGAAGUCCCGCCACGCCCGCCUGCUCCUGCUCCCCACCUGCCCCGCGCAUCUGACGUCUCUCUCCCUCCGCACAGACCCGCCCUGCCAGCAGUGGCCGUUACACGCGCCUCACCUCACCUCGCUUGACUCCCUCUGCACCAACAUGCCGCCAGAGGAGACUGUUUGUCUCCCUCCCGGUGUACUGGCGACGGUGAAGGCUCUUGAGUGGAGGGAGAUUAGGGUUUUUCGGCCGCUGGACCUGCGUGCGUGGCACGGCCUGUGUUGCUUCCAUGCCGUGGAAUGGGGCCCUGUGUCUCUGUGGACGCUUCGCUCGCUUGUGCUCUGGCCGGGUGGAUUGGAGGGACUGUUUGUCGAUAGCAUUGGGAGAGAUGUUGUGGAGCUUUUCAAGACUUAUUUGAGAGGGGGCGAUGGGGGAGAAAGCUUGGGAAGGAGGCAUGCAGGGGAGGGCUCGUCGAGAAGCCGAGAUGAGACAGGCUUGGAAUCAGGAGGUAGUUCAGAGUCGGCUGUGGAAGGCCAGGAACAGACCUGUGACGGUACGGAUGGGAAGACAGGAGGGGAGGGGAGGGGGAUAGGAGAUAAGCGAGAGGGUGGAGGGUGA